AUGGUGUUGUGUGUCGCUUUCAGCCCGGAUGGGCUAAAAUUAGCAUCCGGCGGAUCUCAGGGUACCAUUCGGGUUUGGCGCACCAGCAACACAGAGCUUCUUCUCAAGAUCGAGGCUCACAACGAUUGGGUCGAAAGCGUUGUGUGGUCGCCUGAUGGCCAGCAACUUGUCUCCGCAUCGGCGGACAAAACAAUCAAGUUUUGGGACUCGUCAAAUGCGUGCCAGCUCGGUCAACCUUGCAACUGUCACACUCGCAUAGUCUCCCUGGCCAUAUCUUCUGAUGGCUCCUUCAUUGUCACUGCCUCGCACGAUAAGACUGUGCGCCUGUGGAAUACAAAGUCACACCAGCAGAUAGGACAGGCACUCGAACAUACCACAUUGGUUUUCUGCGUCGCAAUUUCUUCCAGCGGAGAACUACUCGCGAGUGGAGACGAUGAUGGGAAUGUUCAUCUCUGGUCGAUCGAGAACACACUUUCCGCAGCAUUCGAGACAGAUUACUCAUACCUUGCGCAUCGCAGUAAGGUGAAGUUAGGCCAAAAGCUCUAUGCGGAGGCCCUUUCGGAUGCGGAAAAGGUCAUUGAGCUCAACCCUUCAUCUUAUCUCGGGUACGAAUUGAAGCAUGCAGCGCUUCUUGGAGCACGUCGCUAUGAUGAUGCAUUCAAGGCCUUGAUAAUCAUGCUCUCCAAGUUGGAUGAUGCACUCGACCCACAAAUACGACAGCUACGCUAUAAAUACGCCAAUUUAUCUGAAAUAGAAGAUGCUAUUCGACGAGCUAUUCACGUUCAACUGGAAAACGCCCCCCUUCGUCUAAUCAACACCUCUACUGGACGUUUGUGCGAUCGAGAUGCACAGAUAAACGCAUUCACGGAGAGUACAGAGCACAAAGAGCUUUUGCAUUCAUUGAUGAUGCAUGCGCCCAACCAAACGGAGUCCAUCAAAGAAGCGGUCGCGAAGUACUUCAGCUGGGUCAUGUUGUCCCAUAGGUGGGAAAGGAAGGAGCCGCUACUGAACGACAUUCAGGGCAACAAUGUAUACAAUUUGGAUCCGGUCGGAACCAUUGUGAAGUUGCAGAAGUUCUGCAAAGUUGCACACAAUGCGGGGCAUCGUUGGGCGUGGAGCGACACAUGCUGCAUUGACCAGAACAACAAUGUUGAGGUUCAGCAAUCAGUGAACUCCAUGUUCGUCUGGUAUCACUACUCAGCGCUCACCAUCGUCUACCUAGCGGAUGUUCCUCCUUCAUCAAAGUCGGGCGCGCUCGCAAACAGCACUUGGAACACGCGAGGAUGGACUGUUCAGGAGUUCCUCGCUCCUAAAAUUGUUCUCUUCUACCAAGCAGAUUGGACCUUAUAUCUCGAUUACCGCUCACGCAACCACAAGGAGUCUGUCACCAUCAUGCAGGAGUUGGAAAAUGCAACAGGCAUAAAUGCGUGGGCGCUCGUUGACUUCCAUCGAGGGACAAGAGAUGCCCGAGAGAAACUCCGAUGGGCGUCAAACCGAAACACCACGAGGGAGGAAGACAUCGCCUACUCUUUGUUUGGCAUUUUUGAUGUCAACCUUCCUGUCAUUUAUGGAGAGAAAAGACAAAAGGCGCUCGGACGACUGCUGCAGGAGAUCAUAGCCCAUUCGGGCGAUAUCACGGCCUUGGACUGGGUGGGACGACCGUCCAACUUCAACAGUUGUCUCCCUGCCGAGAUUUCUUCAUACAAGGCUCUGCCAUGCACGGUACCAUCUCUGUCUAAACACGACAUGCAGAAGUCGGUCUCCACGCUGCGAAACAAUAUUGUGGCUGUGGCGUUAGCUUCGAAACUGUAUACCAUUCUUGAGAACCUCAGCGUUCCUCGUUUCGCAAACGCAAGAUUGCAAUUACCUUGCAUCGUAUUUCCUCUCACAGAAGUCAGGCGGAGGCCUGGUCAAGACGGGGAUACAUGUUUCAUUUAUGACGUCAAGGCAGACGGGCUACAAGACCUGCUCGUCAUAACGGAAGACAAGCUUGGUCAAUUCUCGCCUGCAAGGCAUGCUCAGCAGACAUUUCUACUCGUCCGUCCGUGGAAUCGUCAUGAUCUCGGCCUGAUUAAUUUUGCAGAUGAGCCGCAGAGCGGAGAAGAUUGGCCCGAGCCUGGGUCUCCUGGAUACAACGAACCAACUACGCGAGAGUUGAGGUUGAUCGUUCGCCUCGGACAGCCUUUUGGCGGACUUCUGCUAGCGCAGCAGUGGGGUGGGGAGUAUAAGAGAGUCGCUUCGGAUAACAAAAUCAUCGCGCAAGUUGCGGACAUAACAUCUGUUGAUGACAUGAUGAACGUCAGGAUGUUGGAGAUAUUGUAGCUGCGAUGAACGGGAUGUUUUCAUUUCAUACAUUGACAACACCUCCACAUGCACAGUAUCCAUAAAAUUUUACAUUGUAUCGCUCUCAAACGCUCAAACCCGACGUCCUUAGGAAGAGGAGAAAGCUUCAGCGCAAGUUAUGUGCAAGCGCUUUCUAGAACUGCCAACCUUCGUCUAGUAGUAAUCGACUCAAUUAUAAUUACAUAGCGUACGAGUAGGUAGACGAUUAUGGCUAAGAAUUCAAAGGACUCCAGUUUCUUGCCAGUUACCGUAGUCAAGUCGGCUCGGCUCGAACGUACUAUAAUAAUAUGGCAUUGAAUUAUAAUGGCAAGCGCAAAAUAACUCUUCCAAGAGAAUAGGGGCGCAAUCCAGG